CACCACAAUCCCUGGGCUGGCAGACGAUGCAUUGCUUCUGUUUUGAAUAGGGCGCCAUCGCAUUUCAGCUUUCUCACCAGGUCACUAGCAUUUCCUCAAUUGUGUUUCUGAACGAGCCCGUGCUUGCAUCACAACGCUCCCCGAUAGAGGAAGGUGUUUGGCACACAGACUUGAGGGAGCAUUGGCCGAAGUUUCAUUGCAGGCGCUCCGUCUUUUAUAGAGGAUGGCGGUCGCGAAGCGGCUCUUGCUGCAGUUGCACGUUGUCAUCGCUGUUGCAUUUCUCCUGGAUGGUGCUGCGGGUCUGAGAAUGGCAAUCAUGCGGACAGAGUGCCUGACAGAGGAGGUGGCAAAUGAGGGGGACAUUGUGACUGGGUCGUUUGUUGUCCUGGACCAUCAGAGCGCAUGGGCGGAGCAGCACCCGGGGAUGGACUUGGGGGUGACCGGUCCUGGCAACAACCACGUGUACAGUACGCGCUGGAAGGUGGAGGACAAGUUCAGCUUCCGCGCGCUCAAGCCGGGGCCCUACAAGUUCUGCUUUACCAACCACGCUCCUGCCCCCAAGUCAGUCAUCUUCCAGGUGCACGUCGGCCACACGAUCUCGCCAGAGGAGAUCGCUAAAGCAGAGCACUUUGACCCGCUGGCGCUCCAGAUCGGCAAGGUGUCGGAGGCGCUCGCGCUGGUGGUGCAGGAGCAGGCCUACUUGCGGGCCAGGGAGGAGCGGCACAGGAUAACUAAUGAGAGCACCAGUAGGCGGGUGGUGUUUUACUCCUUUAUCGAGACGGCAGGGAUUGUCACGGCAAGUCUUCUGCAGGUCUUCUUCCUUCGAAGACUGUUCGAGAAACGCGGAAAACGGGUAUCUGUAUAGGAUAUCAACUGUCGUCGUCGUUCUCUCGGGUUAACUCAACGUGCAUAGAAGUGUUCAUUCCCUGUUCCGUAAAGCAGUGUACUUUCGAGCAACUGGAAACAGUUCCAGCACUUGCCUGUGGCCAGUACUCAGAGUCGCUUUGUUACUGGCCCCUAACUUCAGCAGCUGAAUGAGUCGAGCAUGCAGGCUGACGUCAUCUUAAGUUUCCUUGACGACCACUGCUCGUGUUAUUGACGAUCUCCGUUUUGUUAGCACUGCGCUGCACCCAUGUUUUGAAAAGCCUUAGCCAAAAAGGUUGGAGCUUUCAACGAGACCAAUUGCUUCUGAUCCCGGCCGGC